GAGUUGGAUUCUUCUGUGAAAACUAUGCCUUCCGUUGUUUCUAAGCAGUAUUCAGACGAUGUUAGUCUUCUAGUUUUGUUGCUUGAUACGAAUCCUCUUUUCUGGAGCACUACAUCGAUUACCUUCUCUCAAUUCCUUUCUCAUGUGCUUGCGUUUCUGAAUGCGGUUUUGGGGUUAAAUCAAUUGAACCAAGUUGUAGUUAUAGCUACUGGAUACAGUUCCUGUGAUUACAUUUAUGAUUCUUCUUUGACAUCCAAUCAUGGAAAUCUCGAGAGCAAUGGAACUGGAAUGCCUGCACUUUUUGGUUCUUUGCUGAAGAAAUUGGAAGAGUUUGUUACCAAAGAUGAGGAGCUCAGCAAGGAGGAAGUGUCGGAGGAUAGAAUACCUUCUUGUCUCUUGUCAGGAUCACUCUCCAUGGCUCUUUGCUAUAUACAGAGGGUUUUCCGUUCUGGACAUCUUCAUCCCCAGCCUCGGAUAUUAUGCUUGCAAGGUUCCCCAGAUGGCCCGGAACAAUAUGUUGCUGUUAUGAACUCUAUCUUCUCUGCCCAACGCUUAAUGGUACCCAUUGAUUCGUGUUACAUAGGUGUUCAGAACUCAGCAUUUUUGCAGCAGGCAUCUUAUAUAACUGGUGGUGUACAUCAUACACCUAAACAGUUGGAUGGGCUGUUUCAGUAUCUAACGACGAUUUUUGCAACUGAUUUGCAUUCCCGCGGUUUUGUACAACUUCCUAAACCCAUAGGUGUUGAUUUUCGCGCAUCGUGCUUUUGCCACAAGAAGACUAUCGAUAUGGGCUACAUAUGUUCAGUGUGUCUGUCCAUUUUCUGUGAGCAUCACAAGAAAUGUUCAACGUGCGGGUCUGUUUUUGGUCAGUCUAAACUUGAUGAUGCUUCAUCUGUCUCUGAUAAGAAGAGAAAAGCUCCUAGUACCUAAAAUCAUCUUUUGUGCCAGAGAGAAACUUCAAACUUUGUUCAAUACUAUUUUUCUUUGCGUUCAUUUACGAUAAUGUAUGUAUGAAACCAUAUAUCGAAGUGAAAUCAAUUAAAUUGUUUUGA